AUGUCCAAAGAGAAUGAACAAAAUUCUGAACUUGGAAAAAAAGAAUAUUGGGAUUUAUUAUAUAAACGUGAAAAUAAAAAUUUUCAAGAAUUUGGUGAUAUUGGAGAGAUUUGGUUCGGUCAAGAUAGUGUAGAAAAAAUGGUGAAUUGGGUUAUUUCUAAUUCUUCCAAAUCAACAUCAAUAUUAGAUAUAGGAUGUGGAAAUGGUCAUCUUUUAUUAGAGUUAGCAAAAAAUCAUCAAUACACAAAUCUGGUUGGAAUAGAUUAUUCAUCUGAUGCUAUUGAAUUAGCAAAAAAUAUAGCAAAAGAUCAAGAUUUUGACCAUAUAAUUUCAUAUUAUGUUUAUGAUUUUAUUGAAAAUAAUGAUGAUAAUGAAAUUGGAAAAUCUAUUUUUUAUCAAAAUUAUUUAAGCAAUAAAUCAACAAAUCAGCAACAAAAAUUUGAUAUUAUAUUGGAUAAAGGGACAUUUGAUGCAAUCACUUUAAAAGAUCCAGCUUUUUAUAAAGUUUAUUCACAAAAUGUUUUCAAUCUAUUAAAUCAUAGACAUAAUGACAAUGAAUGGAAAAAUUUUGUUCUCAUAAAAAAACUAAUAAUAAGCCAUAAUGUUGCCUUAUAUAGAUUUAAACUACCAAAUCCAGAUGAUGUUCUUGGGCUUCCAAUUGGUCAGCAUAUAUCAGUAGAAGCUGAUAUUAAUGGCAAGGUUCUUCAACGCAGUUACACGCCAACUAGUUCGGAUGAUGAUCUCGGACACUUUGAUCUAGUUAUAAAGUCAUAUCCAAAUGGUAAUGUUUCCAAGUAUUUUGCUGAAUUGGAGAUCGGUCAAACUAUAUCAGUCAAAGGUCCCAAAGGCCAAUUUAAAUAUACUCCCGGAUUAGUUAGAGCACUCGGAAUGAUUGCUGCAAUUGUUAAAAAUCCAAAUGAUAAAACCACUGUUAAUUUAAUAUUUGCAAAUGUUACAAUUGAUGAUAUUUUAUUAAAAGAAGAAUUGGAUUUACUUGCUAAAAAUCAUGAAAACUUUAAUGUAUUUUAUACAUUAGAUAAACCUCCAAAUGAUUGGAAUGGUGGAAGAGGAUUUGUUACUCAAGAUGUGAUUAAAAAAUUUUGCCCACCUCCUGCAAAUGAUAUUAAGAUUUUAUUAUGUGGUCCACCACCAAUGAUAAGUGCUAUGUCUAAAAAUUGUGAAGCGUUGGGUUAUGAUAAGCCAAGAACUAUUUCAAGAUUAGAG